UGGCACUAUCUGGUCAAAGCAGCCACAGGGCCCUGGCGUUCUUCUUUCCUCCCUCCCAUCUCUUCUCCAAAAUUCACCGCCACCCGCCGCCGUGAAUAUGAUAUUGAAAGCUUCCUCGUCUUCUUCGCCUUUUUACUUUUCCUUCUCCUUCUUUUGAAUAUCUGCUACCCACUUGCUGUUUAGUGAAGAGUCUUCAAAGAGAGAAUCUUGGGUUAAAGAUUGACUUCUUAUGGCUGUCUUUCUGUGCAAUUUCUCAUAAAUUGGAUACGGGUGUAAAGGAGGGGUAUUCAUUGCAUGAGUUCGAAACUGUAUUCUAGGACACAGGUGAAGAAAUGAUGAACUCUUUCCCACCUCCCUAGCACCUUGCUCCAAAAAAAGUUUAAAUGAAAGGAGGCAGAGCUAAAUAAAGCCAAAGUCAGUUUACCUUCUUAACUAUUAUCUGGUGUGCCUCUUGGAAGUUACAAAACAGAAUCAAGAUUUUGUUUAGAUAUGUUUGUGAUUGGCAAUAGCAUGCUCACUGGGUUAUUUGUAUCCUUUGUGCUCGCUUGUCGCAGUUCAGAGGGCCAUAUUUAUCUGUAAAGGAAUUUGUUAAAGCCUACGAAGCAACUUGUUCAAAUUGUCACCGUUCUAGGAAAUUGUUCAAGGUGAAUGGAUCCCAAACAAGAAGAAGAGACAUCAUCUGUACAUCAGAGAAGAAGCUCAGAAGGGUUGGAGUCAACAACUUUGAAUUAUGUGAGCAGAGUGAAAAGGCUGCUGUCCCGUCGAAUGUUAGUAGGGAUCAAAGAUGGAAGAUUCUUCUUGGGUAAUUUCUACUGCAUGGAUAAGCAAGGAAAUAUCAUCCUUCAAGAUGCAGUUGAAUAUCGUUGUAUUAGACGUUCUCCUGCUUCUCCAGUGGAACAGCGAGGCCUUGGUCUGAUUCUCAUCCCUUUUUCUUGUCGGAUAUCUUGUCAUGUCGACUGCUCUGUUGAGGAACAGUUGUCCCUCUUAUCCCUUUAGUACUAAUAAAACCAUUGUUCACGGGUAUAUGCAUGUGAAGCUUUUUUGUUUACAUUUUUGUUCUGGGACAGAUGCAUAUGAAGUUCUUCUUUUGAAAAGUUAUAUAGAGUUACAUCACGUAGUUUGGAUGCUUAA